AUGGCUGAUGAUCCAACACCCUUUGACAUUCAAGCUGAGAUAAUGCUGAAGACAAACUUUUUUGCCACAAGAAAUGUCUGCAAUGAAUUGCUGCCAAUAAUAAAACUUCAUGGCAGGGUGGUGAAUAUCAGCAGUUUAGAGGGUUCAAAGGCUCUUGAAAAUUGCAGCACAGAUCUACAGAAGAAGUUCCAAUGCAAGACGCUCACAGAGGAGGACCUUGUGGACCUCAUGAAGAAAUUUGUGGAGGAUAUAAGCAAUGAAGUGCAUGAGAGGGAAGGCUGGCCCAACUCAGCUUAUGGGAUGUCUAAGCUGGGGGUCACGGUCUUAUCAAGAAUCCUGGCCCAGUGUCUGGAUGAGAAGAGGAAAGCUGACAGGAUUCUACUGAAUGCAUGCUGCCCAGGGUGGGUGAAGACGGACAUGGGUGGGCCUUAUGGCCCCAGGACUGUGGAGGAGGGAGCCAAGACGCCUGUCUACUUGGCUCUCCUGCCUCCAGAUGCUACUGAGCCUCAUGGCCAGCUAGUCCAUGACAAAGUCGUCCUAAACUGGUGA